GAGCUUUGUAGUUCCACGACUUCCUCCUCGACCGAUCUCAUCCCAAUUGUCCGGCUUCCGGGAUCUCAGCCGAAGGGCGCGGGGAGGUGAGGAAAGCGGCAACCUAGCGGUGGGGGACACAGUGAGUGCCUUGUGCCCUGACGAUGAUCAGUGGUACCCGGGCGCCAUCGACAAGAUCAAUGAUGACGGCACCUUCAGUGUAAAGUGGGAUGACCCAGACGGAGGGCCAGAGACCCACGAUGUUGGCGCUGAUGGAAUCAAGAAAAUUGUGAUCUUCAAGGACUACAAGGUUGGCGAAAGGGUGGAGGCAGUCUUUCCAGACGAUGGCUACUGGUACCCAGGUGAGGUGACAAAAGUGGGCGAUGGUACCUUCACAGUGAAAUGGGACGACCCAGAUGGCGGCCCAGAAGAAUCAGAGCUCGAAGCCAAGGAGAUUAAGUACCCUCCAAUCCCGUUUGAACAGCUCGAAGUUGGCCAGAAAUAUACAGGCACGGUUGCAUCAGUCUUGGACUUUGGAGCGUUCGUUGACAUUGGUGCCGAAGGUCAGGGCUUACUGCACAUCUCACGCAUCUCUCAGGAGCGAGUCGAGAACAUUUACGACGUUCUGUCAGAGGGGCAGCAGGUGGAUGUGUGGAUUUCCGGCAAGAGGGAAGACGAGGGCAAGUUUGGUGUCACCAUGGUGGAAGGCCUGACAGAUGGAGGACCACGAAGAAAAAUGGAUGAUUUGACGCCUUUCGCAGACCUGUCGUCCGAUGAGUGGUACAAGGGCGUGGUUGCCCGCACUGCUCCUUUUGGUGCUUUUGUGACAGUGACGUUGGACGAUGGCGCUUCCGCGGACGGCUUGGUUCACGUGUCAAAGAUCAAGGAUGGUUUUGUGGACAACGUGGAUGAUGAGGUGUCCGUUGGUCAAGAAGUGAAAGUGAGGAUUGAAUCAGUCGAUUUAGAUUCUAACAGAAUGAGCCUCUCAAUGCGCGAGGGUGGCUUCGGCGCGCCCAGAGCGCCAGCCGAUCUUAGUGCAUUUGAAAAUGUUGAACCUGCCACUUGGCUGAAGGGGAAGGUGGCUCGGAUCGCUCCUUUCGGUGCUUUUGUCACCGUUACUGCGCCAGAUGGAUCCUCCGCAGAUGGUUUAGUUCACAUCACUCAAAUCAGAGAUGGCUUCGUCGAAGCCGUUGAGGAUGAGCUUUCUGCUGGUCAAGAGGUGGAGGUUCGCGUGGAGUCUGUGGAUGCUGACGCUGGCAAGAUGGGUUUGUCGAUGAAGCCAGUCUGAGCUUGUCAGACGCCUGCUACCCGUCAGGCUGUUGUUUCCACUUCUUUGUCCUGAAGUGCUAUGCCAUGGCGCAGGUUUGAAGUGCCGGCUGUCAGCGAAUAGGGCGGGCCGUUGUGUUCGAGCUGUGCUUCAGCGCAGAAUGCUU